GUUUCCGGCCCAAACCGGAAGUGGGCUGGAGGGGCUCUGGGGCUAGCGGUUUUGGUGCGUUCCGGCUCCGGGUCUGAGAAGGAGGGAGACCUUACCGUCGCCGUGCCGCCACUUGCCGCGUCUAUUUCGUCUGUCAACGGAGCCUUCCGCUCGGCGUAUCCUUGUCGCCGACCCCCCGCUCUCCGCCUUGCUUUCGCUCUCUAGGCUCAGGAGCAGUUCCCUCCUCCGCCUCUUCGUCGGACGCCAGAGGAUAUUUAACAUGACACUGAUAUACUGGACAGUUUAUCUUAGGAGCUUCUGGGAAGUUAUUUUUUUGAAGUAAUGCCCACAGAAAGUGGAAGUUGUGCCACUGCACGCCAAGCAAAGCAAAAGCGCAAAUCUCACAGCCUUUCUAUACGAAGAACCAACAGUUCUGAGCAAGAGCGGACGGGAUUGCAGAGAGAGAUGCUGGAAGGCCAGGAUUCCAAACUUCCAUCAUCUGUUAGAAAUACACUUCUGGAUCUUUUUGGUCAAAUAGAAAGAGAAUUUGAGAACCUCUACAUUGAAAAUCUUGAAUUACGUAGGGAGAUUGAUACACUUAAUGAGCGCUUAGCAGCUGAAGGCCAAACCAUUGACGGAGCUGAGCUGAGCAAGGGACAGCUGAAAACGAAAGCCAGCCAUAGUACCAGUCAGCUCUCUCAGAAAUUAAAGACGACUUACAAGGCAUCUACUAGCAAGAUUGUAUCCAGUUUCAAAACUACAACAUCCAGAGCAAUCUGCCAGCUGGUGAAAGAGUAUAUUGGUCAUCGGGAUGGGAUUUGGGAUGUUAGUGUCACAAAAUCUCAGCCAGUGGUGCUGGGGACUGCAUCUGCUGAUCACACUGCUUUGCUGUGGAGCAUAGAAACAGGGAAGUGCCUUGUCAAAUAUGUUGGACAUGCUGGAUCAGUAAAUUCCAUAAAGUUUCAUCCGACGGAACAAGUGGGUCUUACAGCAUCAGGAGACCAGACAGCUCAUAUCUGGAGGUAUAUGGUACAGUUGCCCACACCUCAGCCUACCACAGACAGCAAUCAAAUGUCUGGAGAAGAUGAAGUUGAGUUCUCGGAUAAAGAUGAAGCUGAUGGAGAUGGAGAUGUUUCCAGUGAUUGUCCCACCAUCCGGGCUCCCUUAACCUCCCUAAAAAGCCACCAAGGUGUUGUCAUAGCAGCUGACUGGCUCGUUGGAGGGAAGCAAGCUGUGACGGCGUCAUGGGAUAGGACUGCAAACCUGUAUGAUGUGGAGACAUCUGAGCUUGUGCACUCACUGACAGGACAUGACCAAGAACUUACACAUUGUUGCACACAUCCCACCCAGCGUCUUGUGGUGACUGCAUCACGCGACACAACCUUCCGUCUUUGGGAUUUCAGAGACCCUUCUAUCCAUUCUGUGAAUGUCUUUCAGGGCCAUACAGACACUGUGACUUCAGCUGUCUUCACUGUAGGGGACAACGUUGUUUCGGGUAGCGAUGACCGUACUGUGAAAGUUUGGGACUUGAAAAAUAUGAGAUCGCCUAUUGCAACUAUCCGUACAGAUUCUGCAGUAAACAGGAUUAAUGUUUGUGUCGGCCAAAGAAUCAUUGCCCUUCCCCAUGACAACCGACAGGUCAGAUUAUUUGACAUGUCUGGGGUGCGAUUAGCACGGCUCCCUCGCAGCAACAGACAGGGCCAUAGAAGAAUGGUCUGCUGUUCAGCGUGGAGUGAAGACCACCCAAUAUGUAACCUGUUCACUUGUGGAUUUGAUCGCCAAGCAAUUGGGUGGAACAUCAACAUCCCUGCCUUGCUACAGGAAAAAUGAGAUGCUGGAAGAAUUCAGUCUCCCUCUCUUUAUCUCUCUCUCCCCACCCCCCUUCACUUUGGUUGCCAUAGACUUCCACCUUUUUUGCAGACUUGCCCGUAGGCUAGUUUGCUAUCAUUGUAAAAGGUGCGCCUUGAAAGGGUGCGUGUUGCAAAUGUUGUUACCACAUUGUGCACAGUUUGCAUGAAAUGUACAGGGGGAAAAUGUGACCUUUUUUGGAAAAAAAAAAUUAGGUUCUUGUGUAUGAAUUUUUAUAUCUUGACAUCCACUGGUGUGUAGAAGGAUGUUUGGCUUUCCUAAGGAGCAUAUAUAAGUGUCCAUAAGUUAUUCAGCCUAGAUGAACAGUAGGGCAUUAUGUUUGACUUAAAUGUGAAUUCUGUGUACUUGUUGUGAAAAAUAUAUAGUCUGCCUUCCCCUCUCCCGCCACCAUUUUACAUAUCUGCCUUGUGAUUGAAUAUAGUUCAGGGCUAAACUUUUAAGAUGAAGAGUGAGUUUCACUUGAUGGAGGGAUGUGGUCCCCCCCACCGCCCCCCCAUCUAUAUGAAGUCUGACUUGAGUGUUCCAAUGUAGUGUUAAUUCCAGUUCUUGUUUAGUCUAGUUUCUGGAAUAAAACUGAGGGUGAGGGAAGGAGACAGAAAUUAAUGCUUAAACAUUUGCGUGCAGAAUGUUUGGGUCGCCACAUCGGGAACGUUCCUAUACAUUUCAAGAACGAACCUGUUCAUUCUUACCUUGUUGGCUUGAGCACACUCUGCUUUGCAAUGUCUCUUGCAUGGCAAACUACAAAAUGUUACAAUCACAGCAAUCUGAACAUGGUUUUAAGCACUUUAGUUUAUAGCAGUUGUUAUAAACCAUUUCUGCAAGCGUCAGAUGAUUAUCCUAGAGAAUGUGAGACCUGUAUUGAAGAAAGAUUUACAUAGCUACCCUUUUGUAAAUUUUUUUAAAGCCAGAAAAUAGAUCUUGUUUGUUUGGUGGUUUUUUUUUUUUUUUUUAAGAUACACCUGUGUUUUUUUAAAUGGGAGCUCUCCUGUUGUAGUUCUGUUUGAGCCAACAGCACCAAGGCUGAGACCCAAGCCGCCACAGGAGUUCUGCAUACCCAAGGAGACCUCAGGCUUCUGUAUUCUCUCCCACUCCCAGCAAGCCACUUUUGAAACAGAGGAGUCUUUCAAAAGCAGUUUGUUAUGGCAUUAGGGAGUAGAGUUUGCGGCUCAAAGAAGUAAAAAAUUUGCAUCUUGGCUGUUGUAACUGUGUGCUACCUCAAAAAUGAAUGUGGGCCUACUUUGAAUCUUGCUGUUUAACCUUGAUGAAGCACUUUGGAUCUUGUUCCAGUGUGCUCUCUUUAAGAAUGGAAGACAAUCAUACCAAAUUUCAAGCUCUAGCUUUAUGAAGGUUAAUAGAACAUUAUCACAGUGAGGCAAACCUGUCCAUUUUGAACAUAGGCAAAGGUUCCUGUGUGGUUCUGUACAUAAUUCUGUCGUUCUUUUAUUCAGUUAUUCUAGAUGGGUUUUACUCCUCCUGUGUUCUGUCCUGUGUUAUCAGCUUAUUGUGCUUGAUGCAUAUUUCCAAUUGCCUUUGGUAGUUGACAGAUUUGAAGAAAGAUAUGGAGGCAAUAUUUAAGGCUUCCUCUCAAUGGUGCAUUUUCACCUGAAGACAGGAACUGGUUCUCUUAACUGUCCAUCUGUUCUUCAAAAGAAUCAGAGCAGUAGUGUGGUAACCUACAUUACAAUUCCUUGAUCACUCCUUUAAACAUUUAUGUUUGAAGCUGGCAUCUGCCAUAGCAUUGCUUAAGAUAAAUUGGAGAGACUGACUCUUGUUUCUUUAGAGGAGAGGGUGAAUUGGGAGUAGAGGCACAAUUUGUGGGAGAGUGGCAAACCUAGUGUAAAAUUGCAGGAGGACCAAUAGGACAGAACUUGUGCAAGAAGCAUGUAGUAUUAUAAUAGCUUGAUCUAUUCAGGGCAAAGAUUGCGUGAUACCAGAGAUUUAGAUACCAGUCCUUUAAGGGAGAGAGUAAAUGGUUGAGUCACACAAUGAUGAUUUUGUGUGCUGAUACCAGAAUAAGCAAAUGAUUAGUCGAUUUUAAACUCAUCAUAUAGGUCUCCCCCUUCUGUUCUGGAAAAAUCCUUGCUGGUUUCUCAAAGUCUCUUACAAUCUGAGUCUUCUCCUCCUGUCAUCCCAUACUCCAUGAUAAUUUUGGAAUAUGUAUGACUUGCUUGCAUUUUUCAUAUCCUUUUAUGGCACCACCUUCUCUAUGGGCCUUCCCACACAGUGACUGAACAGGGGAAACCAUUGUGGUUUGAGAGAAGCAGCCAUGCCAGUUGACCCCCUUGGCCAUUUUGUUGGCCGUCAAGACAAACUAGAAUAAAGCUGAACACAGUAGCACAUGUCACUAUGAAAGAUCUUGUUUUCACCUAGGUGCUCCUUGGCUAAAGGAGUUAAAGGCACUUCAGCUGAAUUAACGUACAGGUUGAGAGCUAUAAACUAUUUCCCUACAUUAUUGAAGGUAAGCCUAGACUGGGGAAAAGCUUAGGUGCCCUUGGGCUGACUGGGGCUUUUCCAUGGAUCAGUGUGGACUUGUGACUCCUUACCUUCAGUGAGAGGACGUGGACUCCAACUGCAUGGGUAAUGUAGACUCUUUUUGGAUAUGUAUACCAUAACACAGGCACGUGGGAGAUGCUGUUGAGCUUGAUGUCGCCAAAGAACCAGCCUCUUAUUGCAGAGAUGUCUACAAGCCCAUGUUUUGUGGCUUCCUUGUAAGGAGUAAGCUACACAACUACUAAAUAUUUUAAAUACUGUGUUGGGUGUUGAGGUGAUAAUUCCCAUCCCAACAAUAGAUGUGAAAACAGUUACACUGGUUAUACAUUUCACAUUAUCUGGUCUUCACAUCAGAAUGGACUGGUGUUCUAGCAACUGCUGUGAAUAUUUAUCUAAUUAUGUCCUGCAUUUCACAUAGAAAAAAGGAAAGUGACUGUUACAUAUUUUCAGUAUUGAGACUUAGUUUUGCAAAAGAUGGCCGUAUCACUGGGCAAAUCACAAAGACCUGUGUCUGUCUGUCUCUGUAUAUGUGUUCCUCAAACAAUGCACAUCAUUUUUUGCAGCUGAAAAAACUGUAACCAUUUCAGAAUCUUAACAAUCUUUCUUUGAUGCCUAUCUUUGAAAAUCAGCUUCCUUAGAGGAAGAAAAUCCUGUAUUUGUAUGUCAUUAUAGAACCACUUUUUAAAAAUUUACUGAGAUUCUGGUGAUUUUUGUGUUUCUUUAGAUGUUCAGUGUUUGUCUUUGUUGCAAUUUGAAAAUGCCAUUAAAUCAUUCAGCAUAGUU